UUACUGUUUUCCUAUGCAGUAUAAUUAGUACAGCCUUGUCCACACUUAUGAAGGAGGGUUUUGAUGUGAAAGCCUUGAGAGCAUUCCGAGUUUUACGACCACUCAGAUUAGUAUCUGGAGUUCCUAGCCUACAAGUUGUUUUAAAUUCCAUUCUUCGUGCCAUGGUGCCUUUACUUCACAUUGCCCUCCUUGUCAUAUUUGUCAUCAUCAUUUACGCCAUCAUUGGGCUUGAACUGUUCUCAGGAAAAAUGCACAAAACAUGUUUUAAUAAUAUAACAAAUGAGCUUGCACUAGAUGAUCCACAUCCUUGUUCCGAUGGAUCGAGUGGAUUUCACUGUAGUGAAUAUCAGGAGAACUUUGUGUGUGAAGAAUACUGGGAUGGCCCAAAUGAUGGGAUUACCAACUUCGACAAUUUUGGCCUUGCCAUGUUAACUGUAUUCCAGUGUGUAACAUGUGAAGGAUGGACAGAUGUUCUAUAUGAUGUAAGAUGUUUUAUCUGUCUUCGUAUUACAUGAAAGAAAGGCUUUGCCUUAGGCAAAUCAUAUUUACUAUUAUAAUAUUAGUGUUCCAAAC